AUGACAGCUACAGCACUCUUCACCAUCACUCAACACUUUCCCUGCUCACAGGGCCUCGGAGUGUCGCUGUCCGCAUACAGCUGUGAGUGGGUCGGCGCUACCCGGCGUGCCACCUCGUCGCUGCUCAUCCUGCUGUGCAGGGCGCAGAAGCCGCUGCAGCUGACCGCGGGCAAGCUCUACCCCAUCAACAGGAUCACGUUUGUUUCCAGUUCACCCACCAUGUUCGCUGAGGCGCAUGGCGCUCUCCAGGACAACGUGCGCGUACUGCAGCUGUCCGGCCUGUGGCCGCCGGCGCGCAUGAGCGGCUGGGGGCUGCUGUUUCCGGUGUACACAGGCGUGCUGUACUUCUGUUUCCUGUCCGUGCUGUUCGCCGUGCUGGAGCUCGCCUACCUCUCGCAGAGGGACAUCAACGAGCUCACGUACGCGCUCAUCGUCGUCAUGUCGCACUUGGGCGUCCUGUUCAAGAUGACGCACUUCCUCUCCAACAGGGGCGCCUAUCUUCGCCUCGUGGGGCGUCUGAACGGCCUGAUACAGCAGACACAGACGGACGUUGUCUCCGACCCGCAAAGCGUCCUCUCCGCCUGCCACCGGAAGGCGAUGCGGCUCACCUACUACACGUUCGCCUACCUGGCACUGACUGGCCUCAUCUGGUACCUGCUUCCUGUCCUCGACAUGUUCUCCUCAGCUUCCGCAGGGAGGCGGCUUCCCGUGGUCAACACUCGGUGGAUCGACAAUAAUAACACAGCAUUCUACGCUCUUGGAUACGUCGUUCAGUUUCCGUCCAUCUUCUACUUUGUGGCAAUUAGUGUGGGACUGGACGGCUACUUUGCGACCGCCAUGAUCCACGUCGCUGCCCAGCUGCAGCUUCUCAGUUUACGGUUGUCUCAGCUGAACAAAAGUCGGCCGCCUGUGUCUGCUGCGACGGAGUUUUCGGGCGUGCACAAACAAGAAUGUUGGUCACCGUUGGCACUGCGGGAAAUUGAAUCUCUCGAAGAAAGUGGAGGCAUGUAUCAUCAGCUGGUUCAGGAAAUAAAACGACACCAAGAAAUUGUCAGCUUCGUGAAGUAUCUGGAGACUGUGAUGAGCCCAGUGGCCUUCAUUCAGUUCCUCUUCAGCGUUGGCAGCAUCUGCGUCACACUCUUCCAAUCAACUUUCGGUGCAAGAGUGUCGCUGGCUGCCUACAGCUGUGCUUGGACAGAGGCAAGCAAACGCACCAAGAACGCGCUACGCAUGCUGGUAUGCAGCACACAGAGGCCGCUGCUGAUCACUGCGGGAAAGAUCUACCCUAUCAGCAAGGCGACUUUCCUGUCGGUGAGUUACUACACAGCAGCAACACCAAACUACAUUCGCAGAAAUAGGAAGUGA